UCAUUAACUUGGACGCAGCGUACGCAGCCGCCGCUAAAGUGGAUUUACUGAACACCUGCAUGGGGACACUCUGAGGUUUUUAUUCCUUUUCUCCGUCUGCCUCUGCUGGGAAACAACUGGCAACUGGAAUGGAACUGAAUCUGUCGAAGAAUGUAAUUUCUUGCGGGGACACAGGUGGGAUGAAUUUGGCCAGAAUCGCAGAGGCAGUGAGAGCACCGCCGCCCCGCGACGUGGCCUCCACGUUUCAUUUACCAAGAACUUCAAACAGCAGUCGAGACACUUUAGAGAACUCAAGCAGCGAGUCGUCAGACACAGAAUUGGCAGAAAAGGAGAGGAACGUUGAACACAGAAGCGAUGACGGGAACGCGGACGAUCCCAAGAAGAAGAAGCAGCGGCGGCAGAGGACUCACUUCACCAGCCAGCAGCUGCAGGAACUGGAAGCCACUUUCCAGCGGAACCGCUACCCGGACAUGAGCACCAGGGAGGAGAUUGCCGUGUGGACCAACCUCACCGAGGCCAGAGUCAGGGUGUGGUUCAAAAACCGCAGAGCCAAGUGGAGGAAGCGGGAGCGGAACCAGCAGAUGGACCUGUGCAAGAACAGCUACCUGCCGCAGUUCAGCGGCCUCAUGCAGCCCUAUGACGACAUGUACCCGGCCUACACCUACAACAACUGGACCAACAAGGGCCUCACCCCGGCGCCGCUAUCCACCAAGAACUUCACCUUCUUCAAUUCCAUGAGCCCCCUCACCUCGCAGUCCAUGUUCUCCGCCCCAAACUCCAUCUCCUCCAUGACCAUGGCCUCCGGGAUGGGCCACUCCGCCGUGCCGGGCAUGCCCACCCCGGGCCUCAACAACAUCAGCAACCUGAAUGGGAUCGGCACCUCCGGCAUCAACUCGGCCAUGUCGUCCUCGGCCUGCCCGUAUGGCCCUCCCGGUUCUCCGUACAGCGUUUACAGGGACACUUGCAACUCCAGCCUGGCGACGCUCAGACUCAAAUCCAAACAGCAUCCGACUUUUGGAUACAGCGGCUUGCAAAGCCCCGGCUCCAGCCUGAACGCCUGUCAAUAUAAUAGUUGACGGGUCAAACAAGCGGAGCCAUAAAUUAAAAUAAAUAGAUAAUUAAAUACAUCUAUAUAUAUAAAUGAUAAGCGGACACGGCGUAAGAGCCCACACCUGCGGAAACAAACAAGACAACUAAACUGGAUUAGUUGCAAACAUUUAUUUUCAGAAAAAAAGGAUUAUGCGGGUUGUACAUGUUUACCAGUGAACUUGCACAGCAAUUGAAAUGUCCAGGUUUUUUGGAUUUUUUUUUUUUAAAUAAUGAAGACGUGUUACAUUGCUGCAUUGUACAUAUAUAUAUAUAUAGUCCUACCAGACAACGGGACAAAUUUUGUGUUUUUUGCUUACUUGCUUGCUUUCUGCGAUUGGGUGCUUCGACACGGAUUUGGAAGAAAAAAAUAACAUAAUUCCGGAUCUGGUUAAAAAAAAAAAAAAAAAAA